UUCUUCUUCUGCAACUCGGUUUCGUUGAAACGGUGAUUUCCGCUCCAAUGCGCCAUGGCCGACUCGGCUUCUCGACUCAGUCACUGAUCUCUUCUCUUCUCGCUCUCGGUGCUCUCACUGACGCUGUCUCUCUCUUCAAGCUGCAGAAUUAGUGGAAGGAUAGCGCAGUAGGAGGGAUCGGCAUGUCGGACUGGUUCACCUCCAAGCUCAAGGCUGCCGAGACUAUUCUUCAGAAGAUCGAUAAGCAAGCGGCCGAGUCGCUCGGGAAGAAUGAGAGUCCCCGAUCUGAUGAUGUAAAUGACAGUACUCCUGCAAAACUUGGUGGUAGUGUCUCCUUGAAGGAUCAGCUGAAGAAAAAGACUCAGGAUAGCUACGACUAUGGCGUCCGGUUAUCCACGGAUUCUAAUAGCAGCAAAGUUAGUAACCGCGAUGGAAGUAAUGACAUCGCGAGUACCUCGAGUUCUCCGAGUCGUAAAUCCGCAGUUAAUGAUGGUGACUGGACUGAGUUGUUGGGUCCGCCGAAUGAGAUCACGAGCCACUCGGUAGCCAACCGGAGCAAUGGGGCUUCUAGAACUCAAGCUGGGAAGAGUAAUUAUAGGAGGCCAGGGAGUGUGAGUUCGAAUUCUUUGGCGUCAGAGCAGAAGAGAAAUCAAAAGAGCAACAGUAAUAAGGUCCCAAGGUCGAGUUUGAGAAGCAAUUUGAGGGAUGGCAAGUUAAAUGGAAAACAAACUGAUGGCGAUGGCCCUUAUUUGUCAGAUUCUGCCGGGAUAAAUUUGAAGGCUGAUUCGGGAAAUGAUGGAAAGAUUUUGGAGCAACAAGCAUCUGAUCAGGAAGAAAUAAGGAGAAAGUUUAUGCAGCAAGGGAUUGAUGAGGAAAAUGUGGAGGAUGGUUGGCAGCUGAAUUUGAAACAAGCGGAUGAUUUUUCUGAACCAGUGGUCAAUAAUGGGUCUGCGGAAAUUGUUUCGGCUAAAGGAGUUACAGACGCACAGUCUAAAUCCAGUGGGACACUUGAUGGCGAUAACAAUGUGCUCAAGGGUAGUGAAGGAAGAGGAGACAAGUCCAACGUUGUUAAGAAAGAGAAUAUUUCUCGUGGCAUUAAGAAAUUUCCUUCGAAUAACGAUGUUGGUUCUAUGUCCGAGACGGAAUCUGGUUCAUCCUCUGACUCUGACAGUGAAGAUGAACGUCGAAGGAGGGAGGAGAGGAGGAGGAGGAGGGAGAAGAUUCUUGCCGAGAAGGCAGCCGCUAAGGCUGUUGAGGCCAUCAGAGAGCGUGAGAACAUGGUUGCAAGGUUGGAGGGAGAGAAGCAAAGCUUAGAGAAGAUAAUUGAGGAAAGAGCAAAGCAACAAGCUGAAGAGGCUUCAGAACUGCAGAAUAUAACGAUUGAGACAAUGGAAGCAGUUGAACAGGAGAAGCAGAAGCACAAUAAUACCAGAAUGGAAGCCCGUGCAAGAUUAGCUAAACUUGAGACUGCAAAUGCUGACCUUGCAAGAUCUCUUGCAGCAGCCCAGUGGAAUCUUGAAAUAGAGGUAAAGAGGGUGGCUGAACUUCGGCAACAAAUUGAGUUGAAAGAAGUAGCACAUGAAGAAAUGAAGAGGAGAAUCUCCAGCACUCAUCAUACUGGAACAUCGUUGAAGCAGUUAGCAGCUGCUAAGGGAGUUGAAGUGGAACGAGAGCUACUUGAGGCGGAAUAUGCUUUUAUCUCUGAUAAACUCAGAAAUUUGCAAGAAAAGGCACAGAGUCUGGAGGCAAACAUUGAAGUGACAAGGAAGGAGAUGGAGGAACCGACAGAAGUAGAGAUUGAACUCAAGCGGAGACUGGGCCAAUUGACUGACCAUCUAAUUCAGAAACAAGCUCAGGUUGAGUCUUUAUCCUCGGAAAAGGCCACUCUUGUCUUCCGGAUAGAGGCAGUCUCAAGGUUGCUGGAAGAGAACAAGACAGCCACGAGCAUGAAUGAAUUUUCCAGCAUUCCAUUGGGAGACGUAGAGUCAGGGAUUUGGGAUCCCUUUGAUUCCAAACCAAGGCAUCGGCUACAAGACAAGAUCCGCUCGGGGAGAGAGCAUAUUGGAUCACUGGUUCAGCAGUUGGACGCUAUAUUUUUGGCGGGUGCUGUUUUUCUUAGGAGAAACCCGACUGCGAAAAUAUGGGCUAUAGUUUACCUGGUAUGCCUUCAUCUCUGGGUGAUAUACAUUCUCGCAUCACACUCUGCACCGUCAAAUGAGUCCGGCGCAGUAAUUUCCUUGGAAAACCUCAGUAACAGUUCCAACAUCUGAAUUGUCAUACUUUAAAAUUUGUUUCUGCCUCUGCUUAUUAGAGGUAUCUAUUGUCGGGGCCGUUGUUUGUGCAAUUUUUCUCGCCCAAUUACAGUAUCUGAAAUUACGAAAAGAAAUGUAUGUGUAUCGAAAGGAAACACUUACUAAUUGUAAAGAUUUGUUAUCCGCU